AUGGCGCCCAAUAUCGUCGUCUCCCGUCCCACAUUCCCAACCUACCUCCUCCCAAGCUUCAACAUCAUCCCCUUCCGCCGCCGCCGCGCCCCGCGCCGGACCUCGUCCGCGUCAGAAGCAGCAGCAGAAAUAGAAACAGCUUCAACGUCCCCGGACUCAACCCCGGACGCAAGCCAAAACAACAGAAACAACAAAGCAACCUCCUUGGCGCGCACCCAACCAGACACCCUCCGCUGCUCAACCUGCUCCUGCGACAUCGCCUUCGCCUCCCAAAUCGUAAGCAAAGGCUUCACGGGCCGCUACGGCCGCGCCUACCUCAUCGCGCCGACCGGCAGCCUCGCCAACGUCCGCAUAGGAAAAUGCGAAAACCGCCAGCUCGUCACGGGCUGGCACGUCGUCGCGGAUAUCACCUGCGUCCUCUGCAGCGCGAAGCUCGGGUGGAAAUACGUCGACGCCAAAGAGCUCAGCCAAAAGUACAAGGUCGGCAAGUUCAUCCUCGAGGUCGAGCGCGUGGUGCCGUUUCGCAGCUGGGAGGACGAUGGUGCAGACCGGAAUGGCGACGAUAGCGGCGGCGACGACAGUGCCGCCCAGACCGCUCGCAAGGGCGCGUCUGACAGCGAUGUUGAAGUUGUGUUUGAUUCCGAGGACGAGGAUGACCUCGAGGAUAUGUUCUCUGGAAAUUGGGACCCGGAGGUUGUGGCGAAGAGACGGAGCCGCCGAGUGGCAACGGCGCGGAAGAAGUAG